UGAUAUCAGAAAAUCGAAAACAAAUCUAGCUGUGAAGCAGAAGUACUAGUACUAUAUAAGCCAUUUUGAUAUCAAAGGUCCAUAGUUAGAAAUUGUUAUCAAGUGAAGCUAAAUUGGAAGUGAGUGGUAUCAAACUAGGAAGAUGGCAGGAACGGCAACAGUGAAUCUUCCAAUCAUAAACCUCUCCUCACCUGAUCGUCUUUCCUCAGCCAAUUCCAUCCGUCAGGCAUGUGUUGAGUAUGGUUUCUUUUACCUUGUGAACCACGGUGUGGACAAAGAUUUUAUGAAGCAAGCGUUCGAGCAGAGUGCAAAGUUUUUUUCACUUCCAAUUGAAGACAAAAUUAAAUUGAACCGCAAGGAGUACAGAGGUUAUACUCCUCUCUAUGCUGAGAAACUUGACCCUUCACUCUCCAAAGGUGAUCCAAAAGAGAGCUAUUACAUUGGCUCUUUGGAAGAUACCACUAGUGUUCGUUUGAAUCAAUGGCCUUCUGAUAAAUUACUACCAAAUUGGAAACCCACAAUGGAAUCCUUAUUUUGGAAAACACUGUCAGCUGGCAAAGAGUUGUUGUCUCUAAUUGCCUUGUCUUUGAAUCUUGAUGAAGAUUACUUUCAGAAGAUCAGUGCCUCAAACAAACCGGAUGCUUUUCUUCGCCUUUUGCGCUAUCCAGGUGAAUUGGGAUGUUGUGGUGCCUCUGCUCAUUCAGAUUAUGGCAUGAUCACUCUCCUAAUCACCAAUGGUGUUCCAGGACUACAGAUAUGCAAAGAGAAGUUGAAGCAACCUCAGGUGUGGGAGGAUGUGUCUCAUGUAGAAGGGGCCAUAAUUGUGAACAUUGGGGACAUAAUGGAGAGAUGGACAAAUUGUGUAUACCAGUCAACCCUUCACAGGGUGAUGCCAACCGGAAAAGAACGCUAUUCUGUGGCAUUCUACAUGGAUCCACCUUCAGACUGUAUAGUGAAAUGCUUUGAAAGUUGCUGCAGUGAAUCAUCUCCUCCCAGAUUCCCUCCAAUACGUAGUGCAGACUACUUCAAUGAGCGAUUCAAGCUCAUAUAUGGGUCUGAAAAGGAUCUUAAAUGGUCCCUUUAGUCUAUGAUCACCGAAGGAAUGCACUUUCUUUCUGAAAUCUAUAUCCGAGGGAAAAUGGGUGAUCCCUGACGAUUUUGGGGAAGAGGAAGAAGGUUCUGAAGAGGCAGAUGUCGAAGAGGAUGCAUGCUUAUCUUGCUUUUAGUCUCUUGUAUUUUGGGGAAAUAAUGUUAGAAUAUUUUCAGCCCUUUCGGUUCGCUUUUAAAUAUACAGUAAUCUUUCUCGAAUAUCUUUGUGUUUAACAUCCUUUGCGUGAAUAUUUUCUUUUCGUUGUUUUGUUUAAUGUUUUGUCAAGAGUAGUGAUUCCAUACAAUGAUGAUGUUUUAGCAUUACCUUCA